AUGAAUAAUAUAAGAGACGCUAUUCAAAAUUUCAAUAUGAAUUCUUUAAAACCAACUCUUGUAGAAGUUCGACAAUUAGAUGGAUCAGUUACUAAAAUUAAUAAAUAUGGUUUGGAAAUUGAAAAAAUUGAAAAAUUUACUCGACCAGAACCUAAUUUCUCUUCUCAUGGUUUUAUUCCAGAUUUUGAUCUAGAUCUACAAAUAGGAAAAAUAAAUCUUCCAGAAUUUACCAUUUUAUUCGGUUCUGUUGAUGUAGCUAAAGAUUUAAAUUUAUUAAAAGCUAAUAAUGUUACCCAUGUAAUUAAUCUUAUUUCAAAUAUAAUACCAAAUUAUUUUCCUGAAUUUUUUCAAUAUUUACCUCUUAUUGUUUAUGAUAAUUUAACAUUUCAAUUAAAUGAUACCAUUAAUGAAUGUUGUCAUUUUUUAAAUAAUGUAAAACAAUAUAAUGGUUGUUGUUUUAUACAUUGUGAAGCUGGUAUUUCACGUGCACCAUCUAUUAUCAUUGCAUAUUUAAUUAGAAUUUAUAAUUAUUCAUAUGAAAAAGCUUAUAAUUUAGUAAAUAAUUCUAGAAAUAUAUGUAUCAAUGUGAAUUUUAAAUCACAAUUAAUGAAAUUGAAUAUGUAA